AGCAAGUUGAAUACAUUGGUGCAGAAACUUCAUGACUUUUUGGCUCACUCAUCGGAAGAAUCUGAGGACGCAAACUCUCCUCCAGCACUAUCUAAAAACAAAACUAUAGGUAAAAGUAGAGAACCUAAAAGUAGUCCAGCUUCAAUGGAGAACAGUAGAGAAGAGGGCAGUAGUUCUUCAGAGAAAAACAAAUCCUUGGGAUCAUCACGGUCAAAAAGGAAACCUACAGUUGUAACAAAAUAUGUUGGAUCAGAUGAUGAACAAAUCUUAGAUGAAACUGUAAAUGAAGAUAUUUCAAAUGAAAACUCAGAAAACGAUGUUGAUAUGCAAAGCUUGCCUAAAGAAGAAGGCCUACAUGGAAUUGUAAACUGUACAGCUUGUGGGCAACAGGUCAACCAUUUUCAAAAGGAUUCAAUCUACAGACAUCCUACACUGAAAGUUCUUAUCUGUAAGACUUGCUACAAGUAUUACAUGAGCGAUGACAUUAGCCGUGAUUCAGAUGGAAUGGAUGAACAGUGCAGGUGGUGUGCUGAAGGUGGAAAUUUGAUUUGCUGUGACUUUUGCCAUAACGCCUUCUGUAAAAAGUGCAUUUUGCGCAACCUGGGUCGAAAGGAGCUCUCAACUAUACUGGAUGAAAAUAACCAGUGGCACUGCUACAUUUGCCAUCCAGAGCCUUUAUUGGACUUGGUCACUGCGUGUGACAGUGUCUUUGAAAAUUUGGAACAGUUACUGCAACAAAACAAAAAAAAGAUCAGAGUUGAUAGUGAAAAAAGUAAAAUAUAUGACCACACAGCCAAGUUUUCUCCAAAGAGAAAUAAUUCAAGUUGUAAUGGUGAAGAAAAAAAACUGGAUGAUUCAUAUUCAGGGUCACUAACGUAUUCUUAUAAAGCACUAAUGGUGCCAAAAGACUUGCUUAAAAAAACAAAAAAGCUCGUAGAAACUACAGCAAAUCUGAAUGCUAGCUUUGUAAGGUUUUUGAAAAAAGUUGCAGAAAAUGUAGAAAUAAGCCCAACCAUGCAACUUUGUCAGCUAAAAGCUUUUAAAUCUGUCUUGAGUGACAUGAAAAAUGCUCAUCUGGCACUAGAAGAAGGUCUGAACCUGGAGAUUCAAGCUUUGAAUGUUAAAAUCAAAGAUAAAAAUACCAAAGAGAAAAAACCUGAUGUUAGAUCAGAAAAAAAUGAGGUGAAAAAAGAUGACGGAAAGGACUCUGUGGCAUUAAAAGAGGGUGACACUGGAAUGACAGAAAAAAAGGUUGUAUCAGAACAGCCUGACAGUGAGCCCAUGGAUCAAAGUGUUCCAACAACGCAGCAAACAGAUAGCAAGCAUGCUUCUGGGGAGGGUAAAAAGUCUGGCAAAAAUGACGAGCCGCAGUAUGAACCUAAUAGUACAGAGGCUCUGGAUAUGGAUAUAGUGUCCAUUCCCUCAUCUGUUCCUGAAGAUAUUUUUGAGACGCUAGAAUCUGCCAUGGAGAUCCAGGCUGCAUCCGAUGAGCAAGACAAUGGAAAUACAGGAGCAGAUAAUGAGACUCCAAAUACAAAAUCGAAUGCUCCUGUGAAAGAUACCAAAAGUGGUACCAAGUUAAAAUCAUCGGCUAAAGGAACGAAAGAACUGAUUGUAAAAUUGACUCCUGUUUCCCUUUCGGAGUCCACAGUUAAAGCUGAAGAUCGCAACAGCAAUCUUGAAAAGGGGAGUAAGGAUGUUGAUGUAGUACCUAGAGCAGAAAACUGUGGUUCUGUAAAACAGAACCAUAGUGCUGGCAGUGAAGCUUCCACUGAGAAUGAAACCGUCUCGCCUGCAGAGGAAUCUGAUCUCAGGAGAUCACCGCGUGUGAAGACCACGCCUCUGCGGCGCCAAACAGAUGUCAGUCCCUUAAUGUCGGAUUCGGAAGAAGAGAGCAAUGGCACGUGUAAUGAAAAACAUAAGAGAAAGUCAUCGGAACAACCAAGGAGGAAGAAUGAUAAAAGAAAUUCCUCUGACAGUACUGUUGAUGGUCCUAGCCCUAAUAAACUUUCUAAAUCAAAAAAGCCAUAUGCAUUAGAUCAUAGCUCUGAUUCUGAUGAGAUGCCAGCUGUUCUUAAAGAAGUAGCUAUGAUGAGUCACAGUUCUUCAGAUGUUGACAGCAAUAGUGAAGCACUGACGAACGAUCAGCAGAAUUCAAAUUUUGUAAAGGAUCAACCGGUAAAGGAUGAAAACGGAAAGCGAAAAAGAAAAAGUUCCAGUUCUGGUUCAGAUUUAGAUGCUAAAAGAGACAAAUCAGCUGAAAAUUCCGCUGCUGCUAAAAAGAAACGACAAAACUAUUCAGAUUCUUCAAACUAUGAUUCUGAAUUAGAAAAAGAAAUAAAAAAUUUGAGUAAAAUUGAGUCUGCAAAAAAAGCGAAGAAAAAAUGCUUACAAAAAGACGAUAGUUAUGAUUCCUCUGAAGAAGAGCAGAGGAAAAAAGUAAGCAGUAAGAGAAAGGCAAAUUUGAAGAAACAGAGAGAGAAGUCUUCUGAAGAUGAUGCUGCUGAAAAGUCUUCUGCAGAGAAGAAGAUGAAUCAUUCUUCUACAGAGAAAAAAACUGGUAAGGGGUCAGCUGCUAAGGAAAGGAUUAACAAGGACUUAAAAGAUAAAACUGCAAAGGGAAAACACGAUGAGUCUUCUGAUGUUGAGAAGUCUUUACCAGAGAAAGAGGAGAGUUGUCCUAAAGGUGGAAAGCUGGCUGAAGUUAAGAAGAACAAGGAUUUGGAGAAGAAAAAGGCCCAGGAGGAUUCUUCUUCAGAGAGUACUGAGAAACCUGUAAAGAAAGAGCACAAUUUGGAUUCUCCAAAAACCAGAUUGAGGAAUAGAAAAGGAUCAGAAAGCAAAGUGAAGAAAUCUGAAAAAUUGAAAAAGAAGAGUUACAAGAAAGAACAAGAUGAUUCCUCUUCUGAUGUUGAAAAAUCAUCUCCGGAGAAAGGAAGUAGCAAUUCUUCUGAAAAUGACAAAACUAAAAAGGAACGAGUGUUUAGAGAAAAGAGGAGGAAGAAUUUAAGAGAGAGGGUAUCUAAAAAAGUACAGAUUGAUUUAUCCUCCGAUGCUGAGAAAUCUCCCCUGAAAGAGGAGAGUUCUUCUGAAGAUGCUGUGCAGAGUAAAAAACAAAGGGAAACUAAAGAAAAGAAAAAAAUGAGUCACAAAAAGAAACUUUCCAAGAAAGAACGGGAUGACUCGUCCUCUUCUGAUGAGGAGUCUUAUGAAGACACUAAGAAAAAGAUGAAAAGAGGGUCAAUGAAAGAAAGUAAAAAGAGUAACUUAAAGAAGAAAGCAGCAAAAAAGAAGGUGGUUGUCACUUCCUCUUCCUCAUCUGAUAAGGAAGAAAAUGAUGAGCAGAAUUCAACGGGUGAUGGAAGCAGCGAUGAGCAGAAAAUUAUGCCAGUGACUGAAAAUUUAAUGCUCUCUGCUGGUGCAGGAUUUUGUCAGUCAUCAGGAGAUGAGGGAGAGACUAAAUCAAGGGCUGUUCCGAUGGAGGAGGAGGAAGAUGAUGAUGAUGACGAUCCUGAGAAUAGGUAUGAUACCAUCCAUAAGGACUUAAAAAAGAUUAUAACACACCCUAGGCGUGAGCGCAAAGCGGCGCAACGGAAGAGCAAGCAGGUUGUAAAAACCACGACUGCCUGCCUUGUAAAGACUCGCUCACGGGCUUCCCGCAAGCUUGAACAAGGGGCCAGAAAACAGAGGCCAAAAUCCAGAAAUACAAAGAAAGCAUUUAGAAGUGUUAGCUAA